GUUCCUUCAUGAGCAUCACAAGAGCAUCCAGUAAUCCAGUUGUACCGGUGAAAGGAGUUGAUGAUAUUUAUGGGAGUAUUUUCUAAUUUUUUAAUAACAAUAAAUUGUCAAGACAGAAUAGAAUACAUUCAAGUUGAACAACACCUGUGUCUUCAUUGAAUAUUCAAGUGUUUUUAAAAAUAUUUAUCUAAUGUAAGAAAAUGGCCACCAAAACAACUAACAACAGCACCAAAGUUGUAGGAAAAAUACUGUCUGUCGUUCACAAACUAAUUGAAUAUUUUGGACGAUGGUUUUACCUUCUGACAACUUAUUACACAGGCCGUCCAGAGCCUCUACCUCCAGCAGACAACCCGAUUAUUCUAAUGAAGAGUUUAACUGCUCUAUCCAUUAUGAUACGACUGAAAAAAUUGAGCUCAGAGUCUGUAGUGAAAGCUUACAUAGACAGGAUAAGAAAGAUCCAACCAGUAUUAAACUGUCUUGCAGAAGACAGGUUUGAAGAGGCAUUAGAAGAAGCAAGAGAAUAUGAUCGUAUCUUGAAUUCAUCAAAUGCUCCUUCUAUUGAAGAGCUGGAGAAAGAAAAACCAUUCUUCGGAGUACCUUUCACAACAAAGGAUUGUAUUGCUAUUAAAGGUAUGAAACAAACAGCAGGUCUUGUUUUACGAAAAGAUACAAGAGCUGAAGAAGAUGCUGAAGUAAUAAGACUACUAAGAAAAGCCGGAGCUAUUCCAUUGGCUACUACUAAUGUUUCUGAACUGGCUAUGUGGUGGGAAACGAGCAAUUAUUUAUAUGGCACCACAAGGAAUCCCUACAAUACUUGCCACAUUGUUGGAGGUUCAUCAGGAGGUGAAGGAUGCCUACAAGCAGCCGCUGGUGCACCUUUCGGAAUAGGAUCAGAUAUUGGUGGAUCCAUUCGCAUGCCUUGCUUUUUUAAUGGAAUUUUUGGACACAAACCAUCAAAAGGAAUUGUGUCGAAUCAUGGUCAAUAUCCUUGCCCACAUUGUGAAGAACAAUAUAAAUUGCUUGCCAUUGGACCGAUGUGUCGGUAUGCUGGAGAUUUAAAACCUAUCCUUAAAAUAAUUGCCGGAGAGAAUGCUUCGAAAUUGAAUUUAGAUGAAAAAGUUGAUAUCUCUAAACUCAAGUUUUAUUACAUGGAAGAUGACGGAGGCCAAUAUUUGGUUUCACCAGUAUCAAAAGAUAUCAAAGAAGCGAUGAAUAAAGUUAUAUGGUAUCUUACAUGGAAUCAUAAAGUUAAAGUUGAAAAAGUACAAAUAAAAAAGAUGAAAAAAAGUCUUGCAUUGUGGCUUGCUAAUAUGACUUCACCGGAGGGUAAAGAUUUUGCUUAUGAGUUGUCUAACCGGAAGAAAAGAAUAAAUAUUUUUUGGGAGUUUAUUAAAUGGGCGACAGGAACUGGUGAACACACACUUAUUGCUUUAAUUACAGCAGCUUUCGAAGCAUUCGGAAUUAAAUAUAACAGUGAAGAAAGAUCCAAACUGCUUCAAGAAACUCGAGAUCUCAAUGAAGAGUUUCGAGACAUGUUGGGUAAAAAUGGAGUCUUUUUAUAUCCAACCCACCCAACGCCUGCUCCACUUCAUCACGAACCACUUCUGAAGGCGUUCAAUUUUUCUUAUACUGCGAUUAUCAAUUGCCUUGGCUUGCCAGCCACUGCCUGUCCUCUUGGAUUUAGUAAUGGGCUUCCAAUAGGUAUACAAGUUGUUGCUGGUUUAUACCAAGACCAUUUAACACUUGCAGUUGCUGAAGAAUUGGAACGAGAUUUUGGCGGAUGGGUAAUGCCAAAUACAAAAACAGAACAACCCGGAGAAUGAAAAAAAUUACAAUACUUUUAAAUUUUGAUUGAUUCAAAAUUUGCCUUUAUUUUUAUGAUAUAUUUAUCUUGGAUAUUUGCAUUGCAUUGUUUAAUGCAAAUGGUUUUUAAUGUAUUAUUUUUUCUAUUUAUCUUAAAUACUCCUUUAUACUGAAAUUAAGAGUAAAAUAUAUUUAAGACAGAAAAAUAUAUAUAUAUAUAUAUCUAUAUAUGUGAUGUUGGAAACU